UAAGAAAUAUGUAAAAACAUGUCUAAGAGUUACAAACUGCAGCUUUAAACAUCAGAGUCCUGUCAUUGUGUUAAACUAGUCCUCAUGCAGAAGCAGAAAGCCUUGAGUCAGCAGUGAGGAUCAUCUGUAAUCACACUGCUUCAGCCUGCUGCAGGCUGGACGCUGCGGACGUGCAGCUCUGAGCUGCUCCUGGAUCAGCGGAGGUGAAGGUUUCUUUGCACAGUGAUUAAGGGGGAGGACCAAUGGCAACAAAGGAGACGGAGAGGACGGUGCCUCCUCCUCUCUCUCCCUCUCUCUCUCUGAGCUUUCUGCAUGUAUAUAAUCCCUGAGUUGACCCAGAAAACAAACUCUUCUUUAGAUCGAGAAGCCGCACAGUUUGAAUCCGCCGCAGGCUGCAUGUAUCCGGAGCAUCAGCUGAAGGGACGAGCUGGGACUUAACGAACUUCUCCGAACGAUUUCACUUUACGCCAUCGGGGAAGACUUAACAACCAUGGCUGAACACAUGAUGAUGCCCAUGUCUCACGGUUUCCGGAUGGGCGUGAACGGACCAGCGCAGCACAACGGCCAGCCGGGCCUGCGGGGGCUGCCUAAUGGCCAGGUGUUGCAUUACGGCAGGAACCCUCAGAAUACCACAGAGGGGGUCAUGAGACAGAGACCGAACAUUAUGGGACCGGGAGGCAUGGGCGUGAAUGGAGCUCCAAUGACCAACCAUCACCAUCAGAUGAUGCAUGGGAACAUGAUGUAUAACGGCCAGGGCCAGCAGCAGCACCACCACCACCACAUGCACCCCCAGCAGCAGCAGCAGCAGCAGCAGCAGCAGCAGGGUGGACACCCGCCGCAGUAUCUCCCUGGCAACCUCACGUCGCAGCAGCUCAUGGCGAGCAUGCACCUACAGAAACUCAACACUCAGUAUCAUGGACACCCGCUGGGGUCGGCCAAUGGUCACCACCUGCCCAACGGGGCACAGUACCGGAUGGGGCCCGCCCAGUUGUCCGGCAUGCAGCACAUCAGCGCGCCUUUCGGGGUGAACGGAAUGGACAUGGACCUGAUCGAUGAGGAAGUUCUGACCUCGCUAGUGUUGGAGUUAGGCUUGGAUCGUGUUCAGGAGCUGCCUGAGCUCUUCCUGGGACAGAACGAGUUUGACUUCCUAUCAGACUUUGUGUGUAAACAGCAGUCGAGCACGGUGAGCUGUUGAGGAGAGCAGAGUGGUUUGUUCCACCUGGACACCCAAAGAGUGACUGAGUGGCCACAGUAGCACAGCAAAAGCAGACAAUCUCUCUGUUCUGUUUGGGUGUUUCUAUGUUUAUGUACAUGACAGCGAUGAGUGCGCCUUCAAACUGACCUACCUGCUAAGCGAAUGGAGAAUUGUAAUGAGUAAAAAACAGGGAAAGUGCCAGGUUUCUGUUUCCUUUAGAUGGAAGCCAGGAAGAUCUGUCGCUUUUGGAUAAAUUGAGGCAUCCAGAUGUUGCAGGUUCUGCCUGUAACAUCUGGCCUUCAGCACAUGUGCCUACAGUACCAAAGCUUUGGGUUAGAUUUCACAAAUGCAGUAGGGAACAAUGACCUGAUGAUUCUGAUUCUGUGGCAUUUGUAAAUGUGUCUUAGCUCUGAUUACACCGUCGACUGGAAGCAAACAUCUUACAGUUUAUCACAAGCUAAAAGUCUUCUGGGAUCAGUUAUGCAGGAAUGAAGGGAGUUUGGAAUGUCUUUUAUGUGGAUUUUGAAGGCUGGUUCUUCAAAAAGUAAAAAAAAAAUCUACUCAUAUAAAGUAAAGUGAGGUUUGCUAAAUUUCUAAGUGGUUAUUAUGAGGUUAUGUUGAAUUGUUUGAGUAAUCAUCUGGAAUCUGUUGGGAGUAAUGUAGAGGUUGAAUGAUUCUUCGGCCCUGACCUUUCACCCCAGCCAGUCAGAAACUCCCAAAAAUCAAAUUUUUAUUUUGAUCAAUUAAUGCAACACAUUUCUGCUCUAUCUCUGAACACUGUUCGACAUUGGAGUUGUUACUGACAACAUGUUGAAAAUGUCUGAGGUUCUUUCAGACUGUAAAACCUCCAAGAGAUAACAGGAAGGCUGAAUUUAGUAGCUGAAGGUUUCUGUCUUUUAUUCUUAUAACUUUCAACAUGGAACACACUGGAUUAGGAAAUGUUUGUAGCCUUUAGCUUCCUCUGAAACUGCGGUUGUAGUAUUGCUAGCCCUGCUGAUUUAGUCAUUCUUUUUAAGCGCUAAAGCUAAUUUCAAAUGUCAACUUGUAAUCAUUUUGUAAAUUAAAAUAGUAAAAGACUGUUUUACACUGACUGAAUGCUCUCUCAUACACACACACACACACACACACACAAAGUGUGACAUCGUCUCUGCCACUCCAACAAAUAAUGUUUGUAGCACCGGAAAGGCUAGAAGGAAAUAUUUAGGAUGAUGUUCGUUUGACAUUUUAUAUUGUUGUUCUGGAAGAGAAAUGGGAAUUGAUUAAAAUGAAUAUUAGCAGAAUAAAGCUGAGAUGGGAAAUUGGUUGGAAAAAUGUGAUCGGUGCGUCUUCAGAUUAAAGGUGUUUUUACAC